AUGGUCGCGCAUGCAAGACUGAUCAUCGCCAUACUCCUCUGUAAGAAGCGAUACAAGCACAGCAAAGCAAUGGCAGAACCCCGAAUCCUGUCCUCUCUCCGUGUGUGUGCUUCUCCGUUCCAGAUGUGUGCUCAGGGUGGGGUGGUGUUGGGGUUGAGUCGGUGAUGGACAUUCUCCUGAGCCCAUUCUUCAACACCAUUGCCCUCAUCCUCGCGCUCAUACUCUUGGCUCGGACGCCCGACGACGCCCUCAUACUCUUGGGUCGGACGUCCGACGACGCCAACAGACCAUACGCCGCCAUCAUUGAGGGGGACGGCAUCCACCUGCCCGACAAUGCGACUCAGCCCACCAGAGACCUCGUGAUUGGCAUUCUGCUCCGCAACAUCAGCCUCGACGGCGUACGGCGGCUCAUCAGUCUUGGUGCUGAUGUCAAUGUCCUGAUUACGCAGACGGUCCGAGCUACCCAAGUGCAAGCAAUUGCCCAAGUGUCGAUGCGACCCAGAACUCAUCGGAAAAGCAUCCUCUCUCUCGCCAUCGACACCAGGAGCAGCUGCUCGCCCCUGGGUGUGUUUCGUCUGCGCUGGCCAGGAUCAAUCACACUGCCUGUGUGGCCGACGCGAGAGCUGCAGGCCGCCAUCAUGCAUGAGCUCAUCUCGGCAGGGGCGCAUGUCGACGGACAGCAACUCGAGAACGUCGUACCUAUCCGCAUCGCCAAGGACUCGCUCAACAUGACGGCCGUCGAAGUGCUCCUCGACCACAACGCCGCAGUCCGUAGCCAUCCCAGCAGACCCCUCUCCAAUCGCCUCCCCUUCAUUCACGGGGAGGCUCUCGCUGGUUUCGAGAACCUGGAGGAGGCAGAAGACACCCUGUUCAACAUCUCUGCCCGACUGCUGCAGCGCGACUCCUCCCUCGCCACCGAGAGAGAGGGACUCGACGGACACACGACAGUGCAUAGCGUCUGCCGCGUGUCUUGCGUCAGUCUGUCGCGGAGCUUCGUCGGCCGAUACCUGGACAUGUUGGUGCAGCAUGGAGCCUCGCUGACCCAGGCUGAUCGAGUUUUUCUACUUUCCGUCGGUGGGAGCGGAGGGCUGUCGCCAUUGCACCAGGCGGCCUUGACGGGCAACCAUUCGAGUGUGGUGUGUCUACUCGACCGCAUCCCUUCGACCGAGAUCCACCGGACCGCUCUCCAACAGGGCAACCCCAUGACGGCCCUUGCGUGGGCGGCACAAGGGGUCGAUUUCCUGCGAAUCGUCCUCCGACCCAUCAUCCGUGAGAGGAUCGAUGACGCCAAGCGCUGCAUCCGCACUCUCCUGCGUCACGGCGCGUCCGUCGCCGACACCCCACAACAUCAGCUCGACCGGGCCCGGAUACUGCAGGAGUAUGCGGUGAUGCUCAACGAGCUGCCGCAAGUCGUGGAGCAUGCCAUCAAUGCCGCCCUCGAGCCGCAGCGCGACAUCGCCGCCCGCAUCGGCUGCCUGCUGCCCAUGGUGCCGCACCACGAUGAUGGCACGGAUCAGCCGGUGGAGGGCGAGACGUGUCGCCUGACCUACAAGCACCACGGCGAGCCACCCCACCGCGACCCCCGCGACCUCACAUUCGGUCCGUGCGAGGCCACAUCCAUCGCCUGGAAGAUCGGCGCAUUUCUCCACGACCCGUCGGCUGCCCGUGCCGUCAUCGACGAGUACCUCAUCGGCGACUCGCGGCUCAAGCGCCGUGUGAGUGCCGCCGUCGACCAUUUCGUCAAGCAGGCGGCCACCAGGACGGCCAGCAACCGGGAGGUGGUGGGCAAGACCGAGAAGGGCGAGGGCGGACGGCCGGAGGGGGCGCUGCUUCGGUGGUGGAAUCGUCUGAGGGGUGUGACGGGGGCUGGACAGGGCGGGCUGACGGUGCGCGUGCCGGCACUGCAGUGCUUCGCCAUCCACGGAGGAGGACGGCAUCCUCACAGGCGUCUCGGCGUGCGCGAGGUGGUGCAUCGGGCGCGUCUGGACGAGGCAGCCGCAUACAGGGUGCGCGGAGUCGUCAAGGGCUUCAACAGCCACUUGGGCGACACCGACUGCCGGUUUCGGUGGGGGCAGCUGGGCUACAUCGACCAGCCGGGCUGCUUCGUGUCGCUGGGCAUCAACUAA